AUACAUACAUAUAUAUAUAUAUAUACACACACUACUUCUAUUAUAAUAAGGUGUAUAUAAUUACUAUAAAAACCAGUUGCUAAUCGCUUUGAAUACUAUUUUGGUCACAUACAUAGAUAGAUACAUAUAUACACACACACACACACACACUACUUUUAUUAUAAUAAGAUGUAUAUAAUUACUAUAAAAACCAGUUGCUAAUCGCUUUGAAUACUAUUUGGUCACAUACAUAGAUAGAUACAUAUAUACACACACACACUACUUCUAUUAUAAUAAGAUGUAUAUAAUUACUAUAAAAACCAUUUGCUAAUUGCUUUGAAUACGGCAAAUGAUUAUUAUUUCAUUUGAUGCAUUCUGUUUCAUUAUAAAUAAUAUUUAUAUUUUUACUUAUUAAAACAACAUACUUCCAUUUGUUCCUCAACAGCCAGUACUGCCUCAUACAGCUUGCUGCACAAUAUGUGCCAAAGAUGGGUUUGAAAAUAGGAGUGAUUCCCACGACGGUGAGUUGACAAGUCUCAUGGAAUGCUCACAGUGCUGGGAAAUUGUGCAUCCGGCUUGUUUACGAGAACAUUUUCCUGAUCUCCAGCAAGAAGGUGUGGUCAGUGAUGACCUUCCAAAUAGUUGGGAAUGCCCAAAAUGUUGCAGAGAUGGGAAGCCUGAACAAAUUAAGCCAAGACAGUUGAAAAGUGGGCGCAUGAAAUUUUCUGACACGACAAGCCCUGUCCAGGUGAAAGCAUCAGAAGGUGUGUACAGUAAUCACACAGAACAAGUAAAUCUGAAGCAAAAUAUCUCUAUUUCUCAAGAUACGAAGACAAAGAAAAUGACUGGAACUGCAGAUAUGCCUCCUGUUAAGAAAAAGGCAAAACUUGAGAUUACUGUCAGAGAGGAAAGUGACACCUCAACUUCUGAACCAGAAAUGGAGGAGAUGGAAGAAGAAUCAUCUUUAGCAUCAGAAAAUAAAGAUGAGGAAGAAGAUUCUGAUUCUUCACCUCCAAAGCAAAAGUUCAGGUUUUCGGAGCAGUACAAAUGUGAAUGUACACAACUAAAGGAUCAAUCUAACCAGACCCAUGUCAGAUCAUGUGCAAAAUAUCCUUUAAACAUGAAAAAUAAUGAACAAAAGCUUUCUGAUGAUAAUCAUAACGUACAGCACCAUCUCUGCUCAAUAUCAGGAGUAACAAAUAAGGAACACGGAGAAACUGCAAGGGAACAACUUGUUAGGAGAUUAAAAGGACUAGAAAAAAACUUGGAGAACAAACAAUACACCACCCUUCUUGAGGGGUUCAAAAAGUGUGAGGUUAAAGUUGAAAAAAUAGAUGCAGAGUCUGCUCCAAGGAGAGAUAAAACUGUGACCAGCCUUCAAGAUGAAGGUCAGGUAGAUGAAAGCAGUAGUGAUACACCUACAAGUAAACAGGCUAGGGAUGAAAGAAGCGUAACACCUCAUGCUCCAAGGAUAACCAUGACUUUGAGAAAUAAUCCAAAUCGUCAAAAACCUAAACGCAUUGUGAAACAAGCACCUAUUAUGCAGAGCUCGAUUGAAGACAGACAAGCAUCAAAGAAUGGAUCCAACAACCUGGCAUUGAUAAAAGAUGUAAUGUUACCAGUGUUUCAUUAUUUGUCUACAGCAGAUUUAGUUAAUUGUCAACUGGUGUGUAAAACUUGGAAUCAUUGGACUAAUGAUCCUGCCUUGUGGACAUAUAUAAAUUUUAGCCACAGGAAGAUAACUGCCAAUAUUCUGAUGGCGACGGUGCAGAGACAGCCUGUUUCUUUAAACCUGAGCUGGACCAAUAUUUCUAAACACCAACUUUCCUGGCUAAUUGCUCGCCUACUCCAGCUGACAGCUCUAGUUCUUAAAGGCUGUUCAACAGCUAUUGUGUCAUCUUUGUGUACUUGUUAUUGCCCUUUGUUGUCAUCUUUGGACAUCAGUUGGGUGGAAGGACUCACUGAUUCUUUCAUUCGGAAGUUGCUAGCUAGCCCUCCAGACUCUAGACCAGGAUUUGGUGAUUCAAAAACUCGUCUUUGUCAGCUUCGGGAAAUACGAGUAGCUGGAACAGAUGUAUCUGAUAUUUCAAUAAGGCUCUUGGUGCAUCACCUUUCCCAGUUGUCACACCUAGACCUAAGCCACUGCCACAAGGUUACAGACAUGGGGAUAGCCAUCCUGGGUUCUACCAAACAUAACCAGCUAAUGGCUCUCAAUGUUUCCUCAUGUGCAAAUAUAACUAAUACAAGUUUGGAAGCUCUUAAACAAUGUACAAAACUUUCAUACCUAAACAUGAAAGAAUGUCCUCAAGUUACAGUGGCAGCAUGUCAGAAGUUUGUUGCCCAAAGCCAGCAGAAGCUGAUGACAAGAGGAGAAAAAUUAAUAGAAAAGCAGUGGUGAUCCCAUUUGUUUUUUUUUAACUUCAUGGUACUGUUUUGUGGUAAUGUUAAAACAUUUUAUUUCAUCCACUGUUUGCUCAGUGACAUGAAUAUGGGCUAUUAAAUUACAUACUUCAAAUUCUAACUUACGAGCUGCGAGAUCAUUAAAACUAGCCUGAGCUUCCAUACCCUUACGUUGUUUUUUUGCCAACCAAAGGCGAUAUCUUUACCUUGUUUGUGUUUUCAUUUUCUUUCUUUCAAUAACAUCCUAAUUAGUAGUUUUUUUAAAACUUUAGUACUGAUUCUAGCCUGAUUAAGUCCUUUUUUUUUUUAUUGAAAAAAAUGCAGUAUAAAAAAUAAAGCACUUUCUGUAAUGCCCGAAAUCUUGCAUAAGUCAUGUAAAAACUUGCAUUCGAAUAUAUUUAAAAUAGAUCAUUACAGUUGUAACAAUUUUUUGUACAAAAAUGCCAGUUAAAAAGUCACUGGAAAUUUGCACUAAUUAUUGCAGACUUUUCUAUAAAUGUAGCAUUAAAGUGGAAUGUUCACAUUUUUUGAAAUUAUCGAAAAACAAAAAUCACAUAAAAAAAAAAAAAUUCAAGUUUUAGGUUUUUUUCAAGUUGAUGUUUUAAACAAGUAUUUUGUACAUUUUCAUUUGACAAAAUCAGCAAAUUUGAGUUCGCUAUAAUACAAUUUAAUUUUAGUGUUGUGUGAAUGGAGUACAUUUAGUCUUAUUUGUAAUCAUUAGAAAAAUGUAUUGCAUAUUUAAUAUUAUGUUUGGGCUCUUAAGGUUUUUUGCCUAUUUUGUAUGUUUGUUGUAUUUGAUCAUAAUUUAACUUUCUUCAUAACCAGACUAAAAAAAAAAGUCUAGCUGGUUCCACUAAGAUUAUUUUACAUGCAUCUGUCUUGUACAGUACAAAUUCAUAGCUCUUGGUUUUAAUAAAUCCUUCACAGUGAUUCAUUUAAU